CACAUGUAUUACAAUUCCUCUCUGGCUAUUUGUUAUUCGAAUGAAAAAUACUCAGUUCUGAUUACUUCUGACUUGAUCGUAAAUGUUCAAUACCAUCCGAUAGUAUAGUAUAUUAUUUCUUCGAGAUAUUUACCGGUUUGCGCCGAGCCUUUUAUAAAAUAAUAUUUAUACAUAAAAUUAUUUUAUUGAACUUGUAAUUUAGAUUCCAAUAAUUGUUAAGUAUUCCAUAACGUUCUAACGUAAAAACCAGAAAAAUGUUUAAAAAAUUUGACGAGAAAGACAGUGUUUCUGGUAUACAACAAUUGAAAUCAUCAGUUCAAAAAGGAAUUCGCUCAAAACUUUUAGAGCUUUAUCCUUAUUUGGAAAAUUAUGUGGAUACUAUAAUUCCAAAGAAAGAUGCUUUUCGAAUUGUAAAAUGUCAUGAUCAUAUAGAAAUUAUAGUAAAUGCAGCAGGAGAUCUUUUAUUUUUUCGGCAACGUGAAGGACCUUGGAUGCCGACUUUAAGAUUAUUACAUAAAUAUCCUUUUUUUUUGCCAAUGGAACAAGUUGAUAAAGGUGCUAUUCGAUUUGUUCUUAGUGGAGCAAACAUAAUGUGUCCAGGUUUAACAUCUAAAGGUGCAAAGAUGACUCCUGUAGAAAAGGGAACAGUUGUUGCUGUUAUGGCCGAAGGCAAGCAACAUGCUUUAGCUGUAGGUGUAACCACAUUAUCAACUGAAGAUAUAGCAAAAGUGAACAAAGGAGUAGGUAUAGAAAAUUGUCAUUACUUAAAUGAUGGACUUUGGCAAAUGAAAUCUGUAAAAUAAAAGACUGAUGUAUAUUGUGUAAGGUUUAAUAUAUAAAAGUCUUAUUUGUUA